AACUGGACCUUACAUAAAGCCAAAAUACAAUUCGUGGUUUGUAAAGUGUCGAAAAAUUAGCGGAUAUUUCUGUCGUUGAACAAGAUAGUCCGAGACAUGGGGAAGGUCGUGUUCGAGAGGAGGGACGGAACAAGUGUCUGUGUACAAUAUGGCGGCGCCCGGGGCCUUAACUGUCGUGAAAAUCGCCAGGAAGUAGCCCGUAAACGGAAGCCGCGCGGUGUCGCAGCGAGCCGCGGAUCCCCGCUCCGAAGGAUGUGAUCCGAGGAAGAAGAAGAAGAAGGCCGAGUCCAGGCCAGACGAGCCUUUUUCAACACUGCCACGAGGAAUUACCGAUUACCAAACUUCCUCGGGUUAGUAUCGUGAUCAUCUUCGUGGCUACGCCGACGAUGGAGCCCAGGGAACGAUACCAAGAGCUCUGCAGACUUUGCGCAUCCUACGACGCCGUCAAGAUGGACAUCUUCGGUCAAGAGGGCAAGAACAGACAGCUAGUUGACAAGAUACAAGCUUGUCUACCGUUUAAGAUUGCUGAAAAUGAUCGAUUGCCAAAAUGUCUAUGUUACCGGUGUAUGUACAAUUUGGAAAAUUUCUAUGACUUUAGGACAGCAUGUGUCAAUGCAGUGGCUCUCUUGGAAAGAUGCUUACCACCUUCAGAAUCGAAUGGAAAUGUUACAACCACCUUGAUGUGUUGUAAUGACUUAGAGCUGUACAAAGGAAAAGAAAGCAUACCAGUUCUAAUUCCAGAAGCUCCUAUUGUAAAUCCAAAUGCUGCUUUAGGCACGCCACCCAGAUUAAAUUCUGAUGGAGAGGCAGACCAUGAACCUGAAGAAACUGUCGAUAAUAGUGCUACAGACGAAGCAACAAUGGUGGAUGAUGAGUUUGAAGAUCAUCGUUCAGAGGAGUAUGAAAUGGAUAUGGAAACAAAUCCAAGUGAUUUUUUAGAAAUGACUUCAAUGGUUACUGAAGAACCUGAAGAAUCUAUAUUGAGAUAUCAGGAACUUCCUAAUAAUUUGCCAGAGCACACGUCUCAGCAACACGAAGUUUACGUUUGUUCCUUAUGUAACAAAGCAUUUAGUUCGAAAGGCCAUUUAUCAUUGCAUGCACGUAUUCACGUAGGAGCCGGUGAUGUUAUUGGCGAAAAAGUUCUUACGGAUGAUCAUACAUCCUACAAGAGGCCAUACCAAUGUGAUCUUUGUCAUAAAUCAUAUUCAACUGCUAAGCAUCGUUGGGGCCAUGUUUCUACAACUCAUAGAGGUCACCCUGCAGUGACAUGUGGCUAUUGUUCACGGAUCUACUCAACUCGAACAAAUUUAGAAGAACAUAUAAAAUCGCGUCACGCUGGUCUUCCAGCACCCGCAGGGGUUCCAGUGAGCAAUUCCUAUCGUCCGGAGAAUAGAUGCCAGUGUAAUGUUUGCGGGAAAAUUUGUACAGAUGCCAUGGAAUUGAAUCUUCAUGGUAGAAUUUGCACUGAAGUACAAAAUCUACCAGGGAGAAAUGAUAGCAGGGAUAAUAAAAUCGUCGAUACUUCUGAAACAUCCAGCAUUGGUAGUGAUGAUGAUAGCAAAGAUUAUAGAACCGCAGAAGCAAAAUUAGCUAAUAAUCCUCAAUUAACUAUUUUGAAACAAGCAUUAACAAAAGGAGAUAGCCUUAAAAGAGAUUUUGAAGAUAAAUUUACAGCAAAUUGUAAACCACAGAAGUUACCUAAGACAGAAACCACGGAUAUGCAGAGUAGUAAAAAAUGGUAUUGUGGAUGUUGUCCUCAGUCGUUUACCUCAGUUGAGGAUUUAAAAGAACACGAAGGGAUUCACGAUGCUGACAAGCCUUUUAUUUGUAUUCUUUGUAACAAAGAUUUCGUUCUUAAGUCUUCCUUGAGCAAACAUAUUCAGAUGUUACACGGUGUUGAUCCAUAUCCUUUAGUUGAAAGUGAUAAGUGUCUGAAAAAAGUAGUUUCUCAAAGCUGGCAUGAAUCUAUAGAUAUUGAUUUAUACGAGGGUAAAACUUCUUCUGAAUUUCCUUUAUCACCAGAGGCAAACGAAGAAGAGGACCGUGAAAGUGGGCAAGAAAACCUUAUUGAAAUUGAAACUGUAUUCGUAUGUGAAAUCUGUACUCGUGAUUUUAAUGAUCGCGCAUCUCUUUGGCUUCAUAUUCGAGCUACUCAUAAAGAGUUCGCGGCAUUUGCUUGUGGUGUUUGUCUAAAAAUUUGUGCAGACAAUACGCAGCUUUUGAAUCAUGUGAAUAUGUAUCAUGGCGGUUCGAAGUUACUACUAUCCGAACAAAGAAGAUACAGUUGCACCAUCUGUGGCAGGCAACAUGAUUCGAGAAAAAAAUUAAUUGCCCACGUAUCUAUACAUAACGUCGAUCCAAAUUUCGACCCAGCAAACUUUGUACAAUUAAAUAGUAAUUACUACGGAGAAAAUAUGAAUGGCAAUGAAACCACAGAACAAAUGCUUGAUUACGAAGAAGACGGGGACAAAGUGGAUUGUUAUAUUUGCUAUAAAUCAUUCCCUAGCGAAGAUCAUUUGAUACGACAUCAAAGAAAUGCGCACAGGUCUGAGCAAUUAGUGCCAACAGGAGAUCCUUUAAAUUCGUCCAAUUUAAACGGCGGUGGAAAUAGAGCUCAGUAUCAUCUCUUCUUUGUCUGUGAGCUCUGUGGUAGUUCGCAUUCCAGCAAAUGGGAACGUUGGUUACACGUUAGUUCAUCUCAUAGCAAUGAACCAACUAUAAAAUGUGACCGUGAGGAUUGUGGUAAAAUAUUUGCCACUAAGUCUCUCAGAAAUGAUCACAUUCAACAUCAUGCGAUUCAAGGUUCAUCUCCUAACACAUGUGAGAUCUGUGGAAAACUUUGGGGUAGUAGAGUCGAUUACUGGAAACACGUUAUGGGAGUUCAUUCGGACACUGUACCAUUAAUUUGUGGUGUCUGUCUGAAAGUGUUCCCCAAUGUUCUACAAUUGAGUACUCAUGUAAAAUCAAAGCAUUGGCCGUUAACAAAUGGCGACUUCAGUUGCGACAUUUGCGGAAGACCGUAUUCGAACAAAUCAAAAAUGUCUAGGCAUAGAAAGAUUCAUGGGUUCGAAGAAAUUUGUGAUAAUGUAACAGAGAAUAGUGAAAAUAAAAUAGACGGACAAAUCAGGGAAAGCGAAUUAAGCUGUGAACUAUGCGCGGACUUGAAAUUCUCUAAUCUAGAAAAAUUAUGUAAUCAUAGGCGAAUUGUUCACGGACUUUUCCCUUGUGACCUCUGUAACAAAUGUUACGGAAGAACUUCUCAUUUAUGGAAACACGUGAAUAGAGUUCACAAGGGUCACGAAGAUGUAACUUGUCCUUAUUGUUUAAAAACCAGCGCUUCAAAGGAUCAUUUAGCUGCACAUAUUUCUAAAAUUCAUAGAUACGAACCUGAUUCUAGGAAAGACAGAAAAGAUAAUAGACAGUUUAAGACUGAAGAAGUUAGUUUGCAUUAUUGUGAAAAAUGUAAUAAAGGAUUCCAUAAACGAUACCUUCUGCGCAGACAUAUGAAAGGAUGUCAGAAUUAUAGAAAAGAUCCUGGAGCUCUUUUAACUAGAUGCAGAGCUUGCGAAAGAAUAUUUAAGGAUCGUGCCAGUUUGCAGAAACAUAUUGAGAAUCAUCAUAGCACGUACACGUGUCAUCUAUGCAACGAGACGAUUACUUCGAAACUAGGAAUUAUGACGCAUAACAGAGUGAAACACAUGGAUCAUCCAGAUUUAACUUGCAAUUUUGGUUCUUGUAGGAAAUUGUUCAGAACUAAGGAAGAUUUGGAAGCUCAUAGAAAAGAUCAUAGGUACCAUACAACGCCAAAUGUUUGCGACUUUUGUGGUGACACUGUCGAGAACAAACUCAAGCUAAAAAUGCACGUAUUAUCGCUUCAUCGCAAUGAAAUCGGUGUAUCGUGUGGAGUUUGUUUAAUUCCAAUGAAAGAUCCAAAGGAGCUUAAAAGUCACGUAGAAGAAGUUCAUUCCAGUGUUCUAUCAAGACCUAACACAUGUCAAGUCUGUGGAAAACAAUAUGCAUCAAAAUGGAAAGCUUUUGAUCAUACUAAAAAGUGUCAUGGAAAAGUGUUCAGGACUUGUAAACAAUGUUUGGCUGUUUUCACCGAAGAUUCUGCUAUAAGAGAUCACUAUGAAAGAGUGCAUAAUAUUUCAAAAGACCAGUUCGCUGCAUUUGAAUACAGGUUGGACAUUGGUUCAAAGACUGAAGAAUUUGAAUUAGAGUCUCCUGACGUGAUAGUUAAAGAGGAACCAGAGGAUUUAGAGUAUGAUGUUGAUCCUUGUGACGAAGAUUCUAACGACUCAAAAAGAAGGAGAUCAUUAACAGAUACUUUUGAUUGCGAAAUGUGCCCCGAAAUGUUUGUGAGCAGCGAUGCUCUUUCCAAACAUUAUCGUAAUAUGCACAACACGGAUCCAGAAAGAAUGUUCAAGAGAUUAAAACAAGAUGAACAGCGAAGGAUGCGUGGAAGAAUGAAUUUCUCUUGUAAGAAUUGCAAGAGGCAAUUCUGCACCAAAACAUUGUAUUGGAGUCACGUUGCAAAUUGUAGAAGAAGUGCUAUACGAAAAGAAGAAGAAUUAUUGCCUAUGCGUAAUAAUAUGUUAAAUACCAUUGGUAAUGGAGAAGAAAUAUUAAAAAAUAAUCAUCAAAUUAAAAAAGAGGAACCUACAACAAAUUUGAAUAUUCCUGACUUUAAUCUCUUCGAAGAUAUAAAUCUUCAGUUAUCGGGACAGAGACCGCUUCCAAACCUUAUGCCACUUAAUCAACGAGCAAAGUCCACGAUGAAGUGUUCAAGGAAGGAUUCUAGGAAGGUUUAUGAUGAAUCUACAAACACAGAAUGUACUUGUGAAGUUUGUGGAAAACAGUGGCCAGCAAAGAAACAUUUAUGGCAACAUUUGAUUCGUUUCCAUCGAGCAGAAGCUGCAGUUACUUGCGGGGUGUGUUUGAAGCUCUGUAAAGAUUACGAUGAUCUGGCAAACCAUUUAAAGGCUACUCAUGAAGCAAUUCUUUCAUGUGAAGGAAAUAAUUUCACGUGUAAAACUUGUGGAAGGUAUCACAACGCCCGUAGUAAAUUACUACUACAUACAAGCAUUCAUUUGGGACAUACAGCCAAUAGUACUUGGUGUUCAAAAUGUAAAAAGAACAUAACUGAUGAAGCUGCUCAUGCAAAUGUCUGUUCUGGAAAGGUAGAGCAAGAAGAAGAACAAUUAAAGAACGAUGAAAAGGCAGAAGUAAGUCAUGGAAGUCUGAUGGCAGAUGAUACAAUGAUUGAAGUAGAAGAAGGAGAUUUUGAAUCUGAAGUUGAAGAAGCAGAUACAGAAGAAUCAGAAAGUGGUAGUAGUACCGAAGUUGAAGAAGAAAAUGAAUCGGAAGGUGAAUCUAGAGCCACUGGAGAAAUUACUUACAACUCGGAAAGUGAAGAUUCUGAAGAAUUGGAUAAUUUAGAUAUCGAGGAAAAGAAUAUACAGCGCUAUACUUUGGAACGUCUUCAGGAAACCCAAAAUACAGAAACGAGAAAGAAUACACGUUUAUCAGACGAUGAUGGACCUCCAGUUCUCAGUCCCAUGAUGCCUUUACUUCAUGAAAAUAUGUCCGCGGAACAAUCGGCGAGCCACAAAUUUGGUUCUGUAUUGCCUCUAAGUGAAAAAGAAAUAAAAGUACGCGAUUUAUCUGAAAUUCAAAAUGGAUCUUCACCGAAAUCAGUUAAUUUAUAUGAAAAAGAGCUACCUGACAAUCCAACUUUGGAUUAUGUUUCUAAUACAUUUAUUAAUAGAGGUGAUGGAGAUUUUGAAAAUACGAAAGUUGAGUUUGAUGAAAAUUCUGCUGAAGAAAAUGACGAGCAAGAAGAGAAUGACGAAGAAAAUGAUGAGCAGGAAGAAAAUGACGAGGAAAAUGAUGAAAUUGAAGACAGUAGAGAGAAUGAAGAAUACGAAGAAAAUGAGGAAUUUGAUGGAAAUGAAGAAAUGUACGAACACGAAGAAAACGAAGACAAUGAAGAGAACGACAUUGAGUUACACGAUGAAAAUGAAGACAAUGAAAAGAACGAUAUUGAGUUACAUGAAGAAAAUGAAGACAAUGAAGAGAACGAUAUUGAGUUACAUGAAGUAACUGAAGAGAAUGACGGGAACGAAGAGAGUGAAGGAAGCGAGGAAGAAAAUGAAGAGCAUGAAGACGAUGAAGAAAGGGAGGAUAAUAUACAGUUGGACGAUUUAGAGGGUGCUGUGUUAAUGGUAGCUGAAGGAGAUCAAAUACUGAUUCAACAAGACAUGUUAGAAGAUGAAAAUGAAAAUUCAAAACAAGAAUAUGUCUAUUCUACGCUUAGGUACAGUUCAGAAGAGGACAGUGACGAUGCAAGGAAAUGAGUGCCAAAUCGAGAUUAUUAUUUGAAGAAAUGUAAGGUGAGACAGAGUUAUUAGACAUUGUUUCAAGAAUUAAGAAUACGUGGAAAUGAAGUCAAUGUGAAUUGAAAUCCGCAUGUAAAAAAUUAAGAAAAGAAACAGAUAAUAUUAAAUACUAGAUAUAAAUUUUGUGAAGUAAGAUAUUUUAUGAUAGUAAUUAGUAAUAAAUAUUUGGAUAUGUUAAAAACCAAACAUUUAAUUACCAAAUUAAUUAAGUUAAUUAAAAUAACUCGAAACAUGUCCACGUAUUCCUAAAGAAAACUAUUGAAAAAAGUCGAAGUUUGUAUCGUUAUAUUCUGUAUUAAAUAUACAGAUUUAUUACGUGAUAUGUACCUUGGAAUUUACGUAAAUUCAUACAGAUGACGCGGUAAUUUGUAAAUACGUUAGAUUAAGUACUAAAAUUAGCUUUCGCAAAUUUUAUGAUAGGGGACUGUUUUCUCAUUAUAUCUAAUAGAUGAAAAGGUAUGGAAUGAAUAAAAAGCAGAAAGGAAAGGGUAAAGCGUUAGGUGUACAAAUUAAUUAUGUGCCUUUAGCAUUACGUUAUAUGAUUUUUUAAAAAUAAAUCUUCGAUUAAAAAAGAAAGGCAUUAAAUUAAUUUCUACAACUAAUAAAUUAAAGAUGACCAAAAAAUUAAUGUAAUAUAAUAAAAGGACGGUCCCCAAACCCUUAAGCGAUUUAUUUAAAUUUUUACUAAUUUUGACUUUGUAGGCGCAAAUCCGAGAUGACCUCAAAUUAAUUUGAGGUAAUUCGAUCGGUAUCGAUAUUUCAAAAAUCUUUUCUUAUUUCCUAUAAAUUUUCUCCAACAAGAAAUAGUACAAAGAUAGCAAUAUACAGAAUUUAUCAUAAUAUUAGAUAAAUAAUUAACAUUAUAAAAUGACAAAAAACAUUGAAAUUGUAUUUAAAUUCUAAGCGCAUUUUUUGAUAUCUAGUAUUGAAUAUUCAUUUCGAGGAAUAUAAUAAUGUAUUUGUUAAACUGUUAUACAUAUCUAUGUUGAUGCUCUAUUCUUAUUAUAAUAAUUAUUAUUUUUAUUAUUAAUUAUUUCGGUAUUAUAUUAAUAUCGAUUCGAUUGAAUGUACCGUGGGAAAAUUCGAAAUCAAAGGAUCAAGAAACAGAAGAUUAGUGUAUAUAGUAGUCGUAUAAGUGAUUUUAUGUACAGUUUACAUUAUAAUUAUACGAGACAAAAAACAUAUUUGUAUGGAUGUACGAAGAGAGUAUGAUUACUGUGUGUAAAAAAAAGGCGGCUUCUAUUACUUUUUUACCAUCAUAUAUUUAAAAGCUUAAGGAGAAACUGAUAAUCGCUUCUAUUUUCCACUGAAACUGUACAAUAGUACAAUACUUAACGAAAGAAUUUCAAUAAUAAAAGAAAGGUUUUUUUUAAACGCACUGAACAUCUUAUUUGAUUCAGUUUCUCUAAAAGAGUCGUUUCGUUAUAACCUUAGAAGCCUUAGAGUACACGUAUAACCUAGUGCAGUAAGUAAAACUUUCUUUCAACCACGCUAAUUUUAUUUGGAGUUAUCCUAGUACUGUUAAUAACAUUUAUCAAAGAAACAGGAAAACAAAUCAAAAUGUGAUUUCCAUUUAUCUUUAGACUAGUUAUCAAUGGUACUUCUUUUAAUUUUCCUUCAUUUCCUUUCGUUUAUUUAUUGGGGCAUUCGCUUCCGUUCCAAGCGUGUUAGUGCAUAAGAAAUGAAAAUAGCGAUUCGCAUUUAACGUUUGUAACGAUUACAAUAAAAAAAUUACUAAGUUGAUUAA